AUUAAUCAAUAAUUUAUUAUGUGAUGAUCAUCCAAAUGUAAUAUGGAUAGAAUUUGGUAUUCAUUUGUUAUUUUAUUUGUGUAUCAUCAAUCAAGUAUUCAGCAAAUAAAUUCAAAAGAAUUUUUCGCAAAAAAUUGUGCCGAAUUAUGGCUACAAUAUGGCAUACGUCAUUCAGGAAAUUAUACACUUCUAUUAGAUGAUUCAACAGAAUCAUUAAAUAAUGGCAUUCAAGUCGAAUGUGAUAUGUCAUCAGCAUUGACCGUCGAUCCUCAAAUAGAUGGUAAUCAUCUUGGUGAAAGUGAACAGGUUUUUGAAGUGAAGACCAUAAUCCAUCAUGAUUCAGAAGAGCCUCGAUUAGUUCAAGGAUAUGAAUCUCCCGGAUCUUUUGAGCGUAAUAUUAUAUACAAUCAAGGCCACUCGAACUCAAAUUUUUCAUCAACACCAAAAGAUGCUAAUCGAUUAUUCAUGCGACAGAUCGAAAAGAUUGUUAAUUCAGCAUUCAGCUGUCAGCAAUACAUACGUUGGGAUUGUAAAGGUUCAGUGUUCAGUUUUUGGUUUCAACAUUAUCAUAGUUGGUGGUUGGAUCGUAACGGCCUAACCCGUACUUAUUGGGGCGGUGCUGAACCAGAUUCCAAUAGUUGUGGUUGUUUUCCUUAUUGUCAUCCUACUGUAAAAAAUUCCACUUGUAAUUGUGAUGCAAACAUGAAAACAGAUUGGCUUGAAGAUUCAGGAUUGUUGUUGAGUAAAGAUCGUUUACCUGUAACACAACUUAGAUUCGGUGACACUGGAGAAUCGUAUGAAGUUGGUCGUUACACAUUAGGACCAUUAAUUUGUCGAUCAUAUGGACACCUCAAUGUGUCAUUAGGUCAUUUUAAAGCUCCCGUAACGAUUACAUCACCGGGAUAUCCUAUUCGUUAUCCACCUGCUUUUCGUCGUUAUGAAUGGAUUAUCACCGUUGAUGAAGGCCAAUGGAUCGAGAUGGUUUUUCCUGAAUACGAUAUCAUUCAUUAUGGUGCCUAUGUGAGCGUACCUGGCUGUCGUUAUGCAAUCGAAGUUGAUAUUUUUCAAAAACCAAAAACUAACGAUGAGAAUACUGAAACAUUCAUAUAUUCUGGACAAGAAUGGCAUCUAGUAAAUUCGAUUCGACGGGAAAAAUCCUCACAGCCUUAUUAUGUCACUGAUGGUUCGGAAACAUUAUUCCGAUUGCGAUUUAUAACCUGCAAUCAAAAACGAUCAUUAAUCAAUGAUCACAAAGGAUUUAAAGUCGAGUUUCGUUUUUGCAAAUGUUCAACUUGUAAUAUUGGAACCGAAUCUUUUACAAAUUGUACUGUCGAACCUGAUCACUGUCUCUAUAUCUAUUCUCAAGGUUAUCCAUUUCCACAUUAUCUUUAUGGAAAGAAAAUUGAUCACGAAACACGAGUUCAUCGAUGGCAGAUAGCCACUCAACCUGAUCAUAUGUUGCAGAUUGAAUUCAAUGAUUUUGAUGUUAUUUCAACACCUGGUCAACAUUAUUGCGAUACUGAUUUGGUGACAAUAUAUGGCGAAAAAAAUAUGAAAAGAAAAACUAAUUAUUGUAACAUUAAUCGUUUUAAUAUUGGAAAAUUACAUUCAAAGUCAAAUUAUAUGGAAAUAAUUUUAAGAACAUCGUUGAGAAAAGUAGGUAAUAGCAGAGGUAUACAUGCUACAGUUCGAUCCAUACAUCAACAUCUUUUUAAAACAAGUCGUUUUGUGAAAAAUGCAGCCGAAGGCCGACCCACUGAUCAAAGUUCUACACGUUCUCCUCGAGAAUCAUCGCUAGCUGUAGACAAUAAUUUUGAACAAAGAGAAGCGGCUAAAUGUUCAUCAACAAAUUAUGAACGUGAGCCUUGGUGGCGAGUCAAUUUACAAAAACGACAUAGAAUUCAUGGUGUGAAAAUCUAUAGUUAUCUGGGAAAACACGAAACUCCAUUAAUGCAGUCAAACAUCAUGCUUGAACCCAAUUCAGACAUUUCACCAUAUUGUGAUCGUGAAUGGCCUGUUGGUAAUUAUGCUUUGCCGAUGCCUGAUUCCGGAUGCCCGGCAUCCAAAAUUGGCUACUCAAAAUGGUUGACUGGUAUGCGUUUUCAUGCGGUACAAUAUGAUAAACCAUAUGAUGAUAAGAUUCGUUAUUGGUCCGAGAAUAUAAUGCUCAAAGGUGGUGCCACGUCAACUGGAAUCGAGCAACAUUUUUGCGUACAUGCAGCUAAUAAUCGAAAAGCACCAGAAAAUUCAAACGAAACAUGUACAUGGCAACCAGGAAAAUACUGUAUUCUACAAUAUGGUCUUUCAUGUCCAGAUGGUUUUCAAAUCGGAUCCAUCACCUGGUUCGAUAAGAGCUUGAAUAAGAGCAAUUCAGAUUUAUUCAAUUUUAUCAAUGGAACGGUGCCUAAAGGUGAUUAUACAACACACAAUACAACGCUAUAUUUUUGUUGUCGAGAAGAUGGCGAUCCAACAAAGCCGAUAAAUCUUCCUAAAACUAGACCAUUCUAUCUAUUUCAAUAUGGACGAAUUUGUCAAGAAGUUGCCGACAUGAGCGAAAUGGAACAUUUUUUCCAUUAUGAAGAAGAAGUCGUUCUUUACGGUGCUUUACCUGAUCUGGUUUUUGCUUCCGGACAAAAAUUGAAAUUCCAGGACCCACAUCCACGUAUUGAGGUCACAUUGUUUGAUCGUGGUCUCACCCUUCAUUAUUGUUACUAUGAUAUUGCCGAUAAAUUGAAAGGAUUCCAAGUGCUCGUCGAUACAACACCGGAUACAUUCGGUUAUGGGCGAUGGUAUGAUGGCGAAAGUGGCUUAACUAGACCAGUGAACAAACCAUUUUUAUCAGCAGUCGAAUGCGCUUCAUAUGGUACGACGGAAGAAGAAUUUGUCCAAAUUACAUUGAAUUGUACGCAACCGAUUGAAGGACAAUAUGUCAUCAUAUUUAUGAAAGAUAGACAAGAUGCUCUACAACUUUGUGAAGUGGUCGUAUUCGGUGAAGAAUCAUGUGGUCGACCAUUAGGCAUGGCUACAGAAGAAAUACUCGAUUCGGCCAUAACGGCAUCGACUUUUGAUUCCAGUAAAGGUCUUGUAUAUCAUCCAUACAAUGUUCGUUUAAAUAGUUUUGCAGCUUGGUGUACGACCAAUACCGAUCAGGAGAAACACAUACAAAUCGAUUUACGGCUACAAAAUUCCAAUAUUGUUUUCGAUUCAAAAUUACCAAUGGGUGAUGAAUCCAAUUGGAAUCAGGUCAACUAUGUAACCAUUGUGGGGGUGGCAAUGCAAGGAAUGCCACAUGGAUUCAAAAGCUAUUUUGUGACACAUUUUCAACUUUUAUUUUCAAAUGAUUCUUUGCAUUGGACCUAUGAAGAAGAACCGAUUGGCAGACAAAAAAUAUACAAAUGUGUCCAAUGCGAAGCUCAACACGUUGAUCCUAAUGAAGUUGUCAUGUAUAAUCUGCUUAAACCGGUCGUAGCUCGCUUCAUACGUAUCAAAAUCUUAGCGUUUCGUGGUGGACCUUGUAUGCGUCUUGAAUUGAUCGGAUGUCGUGGAGAUAAGAAAAAUUUCUGCUCAAGAACAUUGACUGCUUCCACACCUGGUGUCAUUUCAUCACCAAAUUAUCCUUUUUAUUAUGCUCAAUACAAGUCCUGUGUUUGGCACAUUAAACCUAACAAACCGGAUCGUCAUAUUGAAUUGGACUUUAUCGUUUUAGAUUUGGCUCCUGCUGAGAAAAGUGGAGGUAAAUGUCAUGAUGGCUUAUACAUAAAUCAUUCGCCUCAACAAUCACUCAUUACCAUUGAAGCCCCAUCGACAGUUGCAUCAGGUAUUCAUCGUCCUGCACACUCAUUUCUUCAUCGGAAUUUUCCUAAAAAAAUUAUUUCCAAUGGUGCCGUUACAUUGACAUUGAAUACCUGUUUCCGUUUUUCAAUGACUCGUUUUCAAGGAUUUCUGGUUCGAUUUCGUGAAGCUGAUUGUCCAGGGUGUGGAAUUGGUGAUCCACGUUGUUCUCGUUUGCAUAAUUGUACUUCACUUUGUGGCCGUAUACUUUCGAUCAAUUAUCCAUUGAAUUAUCUAAAUAACCAUCGAUGUCGAUGGUUGAUUCGAGCACCUGCAGGUCAUUAUUUUAAUAUAACCAUUGAAGAUUUUGAUGUUGCCGGAUCCCAAGCAUAUACGACAAAAUCAUCAACUAAUCGACCGCUCAAACAUUGUUUAUUUGAUCAUUUAUCAUUCAUCGAUCCAUCAACUGGAAUGGUUAUCGGAAGAUAUUGUAACACAAACAAACCAUCCAAAUUCAUCUUCUCCAAUUGGAACGAAUUGUUGAUCGAAUUCAGUUCAGAUUCGUCAAGCACUGGUCGUGGAUUCAAGUUGAAAUACAAAGCCGAACGAUAUCAUUUACUUCCAGAAGCUAUACCAUUGUUGAUACCACCGAUGUAUUCCUGUCCAAAUGGUUGGCUUUAUUUUCGAGGUUAUUGUUUCGCAUCAUUUGUUGAAGAAGAAUCACUUCAGUGGUACGAAGCCGAAGAAAAAUGUGCACAAAAAGCUAAAGGACGUGAUGGUCAUUUAGUAUCUAUCACUGAUUAUCUUGAAAUGAAUGUCGUUCACUAUUGGAUUGUUGAACAAUGGAAACUGACACCACAUCAAAGCAUUUAUAUUGGAUUAAUCGACACGAAUCGUGAAGGUUUCUAUAAUUGGUCCGAUGGCAAUCCUAUGAGCUAUACUGAUUGGUAUAGAAAUAAUUUCUGGCCAGUAGAUUCAGCUACAACAUUCUAUUCACAACAACAGCAUCAGCAACAGAAAAAUUGGUCCAAUACAAAUGAAUAUGGUCCUUAUUCAAAAUCACCUAUGAUCAGUUGGAAUGGUGAUCUGAAUAAUUUUUUCAAUCAAUAUUCUCAACCAGACGGCGGAGCCUAUGAAGAUUGUACCGUAAUUAAUUUUCAUUCGAUAUAUUCAACAUUAAAUUGGCAUGAUGUACCAUGUUCUUUGGGCAAAAAAGUUAUGCCCACAGUGAAAUUGGUCAAUUAUAAUCUAACCACAAUUGCCUCAACAAUUAAUCUUGUCACCAAUAACAGUUCAAUGAAUUCUAUCAUUGCUACUCGUAAUCGAAAUAUGAUUCUCAACCACAAUGAUGGCCUAAUCCGAAGUUAUAUAUGCAAAAUGGACUCAAAUUCAUCGUUGCAUCAACAUAGCCCUCGACGAACAUUAUUCACUAGGAGGUUAAGUGAAGACAAGAAGAAGAUCAGGGCAAAAGUCGAUACGAAUCGCUAUUUUGUUUGUAACAAUUAUGAGGUAAUAUCAAAUCUAUUUCGAUGUGAUGGUACUGCUAAUUGUCGUGAUGGGAGCGAUGAAACUGAAGGCUGUUCAAUUAGCGAUGAAUGCCUGGAAUCACAAUUUCAAUGUGCCAAUAGUCACUGCAUUGCCAUUGGAAAGUAUUGUGAUUUUGUCGACGAUUGUGGUGAUGGAUCCGAUGAGAUAUUCUGUGUUCGACGUCAAUGCAAAAAAAAUUCCGAAUUCAAAUGCAACAAUGAUCAAUGUAUACCCAAUUAUAAAAGAUGUAAUUUGUUUCAUGAUUGUCGCGAUCAAAGUGAUGAAGAUAAUUGCAGUGGGAAAUGCAAUCUAAACACUACAUUUCAAUGUUAUUAUGGUAAUUGUAUUCCAUUGUAUGCAUUAUGCGAUCGUCACCGCGAUUGUCCUGGAAAAUUUUUCGAAGAUGAACACGAGACUGUAUGUUCAUUGCUAAACCAAAAUGACCAACAGCAAAGUCCAUUUUUGUUUGAUGCCCCUUCGUCAUCAUCGAAUGAUUAUCAAGAUAAACCAUACCGAUGGCGGCGUGGUUCAACUAACCAUCCGAGAAAACGGAAUAGACGUAAUAAAACUGAAUCGCCAUUGUUUUGUGGUCAAAGAAAAGACACUCGUUUAGAAACUUGUCAGGAUUUGCUCGAAUAUCAAGGCAUCAUGCAAGAUGGCAAUUAUGAAUUAAAACCAAUUACUGAAAAUAAAUUAACAUUAAGAGUUUAUUGCCGCUUCUUGAACUCGACACACGCUACGACAAUUAUUAAUCACGACACUGAAGAUCGAUUAUAUGUCCGUUCAUCAUUCGAUGCUCCAGGUUCGUACGUACGAACCAUCACAUAUGAAGGCAGUUUUGACCUUAUUGUUGCCGUUAUCAAUGCAUCAGCUUCUUGUCGACAAUUUUUAAGUUACGAAUGUUCUGGAUCAAGGUUCAAUUUCAAUUCACCAAAACCGAAUUCUUGGUGGGUUUCUAGACUUGGUCUUAAAGAAUAUUCAUGGGGAACGGAUCGUCUAAAUUCUUGUGCUUGUUAUCCUAAUUGUAUUUCUAAUCUUCACUGCAAUUGUGAUGCUGGAUUGAUGUUCAACUGGACAAGAGAUUAUGGCUAUAUUGAAGAUAGAGCGCGCCUUCCGAUUCGUCAGGUGGCCUUCGGCGAAGUCUAUCAUAUCGGCCAACUAGGAUACGUACAAGUUGGUCCAGUCGAAUGUAUAGGAAAAAGUAUUGAAUGGAAAUUGUCAAGUUUGAAAAAAAUUCAUUCCGAUUGUCAAGUGAAAUCAUCGAAUCUUUUUGAAUGUAACUCUGGACAGAUAAUCGAAUCAAAACACAUAUGCAUCUACGAAUUCGAUCAGCUACAAUAUCAGAUAGGCUGUCGCGAUGUAUCUCAUUUACGAAAUUGUUCAACAUUUCAAUGUCCACCAGAUUAUGUAAAAUGUCCCGAUUCUUAUUGCAUACCAUACCGUUAUAUUUGCAAUGGUAAAUGGGAUUGUGUAGGAGGAUCGGAUGAAAUUGGCUGUGCUAGAUACACCUGUCCUGGUCAUUACAAAUGUGCCAAUGAAAGUUCCUGCGUUUGGCUUCAUCAGCUUUGCGAUGGCUUUCGCCACUGUCCACUUGGUGAUGAUGAAUGGUUUUGCGAUCUUAAUUGUCCCCGUAAUUGUAUUUGCAACGGUCAUUAUGUUGAUUGUCGAUACUCAAACAUAACGAUGGAAAUACUGGCCAAUAUCUCGAAGGAAACCCGUAAAUUGGAUCUAAGCGGCAAUCAUUUGGGACCAGAUAUGUCAUUCAUUGAUUUCUCACGCUAUAUUUAUCUUGGCGAAUUGAUCUUGCAGAGUAAUCAGCUGGAAAUAAUUCGAUCACGUAAAUUUAUACAGCUAACUAAUCUGUAUAAACUAGAUCUUCGAUUCAACCGAAUCAGAGUGAUUGAAGCGGCUGCUUUUGCUGGAUUGCAACAGAUUACCACGCUAAUGUUGGAACAUAACCAUGAACUUCAAGAAAUACAUUCUGGUGCUUUUGUAGGGCUAGUUUCUUUACGAAGAUUGAAUAUUUCAAAUACAAAAAUGAAGACUAUUGUCAAGAAUUCUUUUCUUCAGAUGAGUUCAUUACAACAUUUAACAUUGGUUGACAAUGAAAUCGAUACGAUAGAAAAAGGUGCUUUUAAUGAUCUAAUUUCCUUAAUGUCACUGGAUUUUCGUGGCAAUCCAGUUACGAAUUUUUCUAAAGACAUGUUUGUCAUGUUAAAAUCAUUGCGAAGUUUAGCAAGUGAUAGUUUCAAAUUUUGCUGUAUGGUUUCUGGUAUUGUACCAUUUAGCCGAUGUUAUCCACCACAAGAUGAGAUAUCCGAUUGUGAAGAUUUAUUAUCGAAAACUGUUCAACGAUUGAUUCUGUGGAUAUUGGGAUUCAGUGCUUUGAUUGGUAAUCUUUUCGUAAUUAUUUGGCGUUUCAAGACAUUGAAUAAGACCAAUCGUGUCAGUUCGACACUUAUUUUGUCGCUUGGAUUUGCAGAUUUUCUUAUGGGAACCUAUCUGAUACUGAUUGCUUCUGUUGAUGAAUAUUACCGUGGUCGAUAUAUUGAAAAUUCAGAUUAUUGGAAAAAUUCCAUAUGGUGUAAACUUGCUGGUUUUUUGUCAACCUUAUCAUUACAAACUUCUGUAGUGACAUUAGUAUUGAUUGCUAUCGAUCGUCUCAUAUCCAUUUCUUUUACGUUUUCAAAUUACCGUUUCACCGUCGAAUCCACUUAUAAAUUGUUGACAUUCACAUGGAUCACAAUGUUUGUCCUGUCUAUUGUACCAUUGUUACCUAUAGAUUAUUUUCAAGGACGAUUCUAUUCAAGAUCGGGCGUAUGUCUUGCAUUUCAUAUUACCAUAACAAAAUGGCCUGGUUGGGAAUAUUCGGUUGCUGUAUUUUUGGUAUUCAAUUUAACGGCUUUUUUAUUCAUCUUAUGUUGUUACCUAUACAUGUAUAAAACAAUUGCCAUCACCGUUAAAAAACGCCGACAAAUGAUACAGACAACAAAACAAAUUCGUGAAAGCAAAAUUGGACUACAAAUGGCUUUAAUUGUCAGCACAAAUUUUCUUUGUUGGUUUCCGGUUAUCAUGAUGGGAUUUUUAGCGUUAGGUGGCAUCCACAUCCCUGGUGCUGCUUAUUCUUGGAUAGCGGUACUCGUGCUGCCGCUUAAUUCGGCCACUAAUCCUGCAAUCUACACAUUGUUACAGCUGAUACCAAACUUUCGGUCACAAACACAACAUAAACGCAUAAUCGAUAAUCGUUUGGCUUCGAUGAGGUCAAUUCGUAUGAACGGUUCAAAUGGAGGAAGUUUCCGUAGAGUUGUUAAUCAAUCGAACGGACAACAAGAUUCUAGUUUUAUAGUAUCACACGUAUCAUCCUCCUUACAAUUGAUACAACAGCCUAGUCAACCUCCAGUGAAAUUAUUGAUGCAACCACCACCUGGAUAUCAAAAUCUCAACGAAUUUCUUCGCACCAAAGAACCAUUAACAGCCAGAGAUUUAUACGAAAUAUGUUUGUCUUUGAGCAUAAUUUUAAAGGAUUUUCAUCAAAUGGGUUAUGCAUUGGGUACGAUAAAUUGCGAGAAUAUUUUUGUUACAAUUCGACCGAUCCGUUAUAUUGCAAACUAUAUCCAAAAUGGCGAUGAAUAUGAAAUAAAUAACGAAACAAUAACGAAGAUGGAUGGUGAAUAUCGUUUACAAGCUUAUAUACCGCCAUUUGAUUCAUAUCAGGUACCACGUGCCGCGAUCAGUGAUACGACUUCCGAUAAUAACCAUAUAUCAUUGAAAGAACCGGACGAUUUCGCUAUGGAUAUGGAAGAAUUUGGAAAAGUGAUCAAAAGAAUGUUACAAAUAUAUCAUUCUCGAACAUUGAGGUCAUCGGAAAGUUCAUUUCAAAAUAUAUCAUCAAUGACACCAAAAAAAUGCAAAUCAUAAAGUUUAAUCAUUUUUUAUUUAUAAAUUUUAAUAACAUCUAAUUAAAUAAUGAUAUAAACGUUCAACAAUAAAGAUUUCAAAACCUUCAA